ACGCCACUCGUUUGGAAUCAGAGUUUCAGUGGCAGGGAAUGUUAGAGAAAGUUUAAGCUUGAGUGCUAGAGAAGUUGAUUGUGUUUGAAUUUGGUAAUGGCUCGAAAAGGAAGUCAUCAGAAGAAUGGAAUGGAUAACCAAACGAAGCUAAAAAAGAAGACUGCUUCUGAUUCUUUUCAUUCUACAAAGGGACAAGGGAAAACUAGUGAGGCUGAGAGUGUUCUGAAAGAGGAUUGUCAAGGUGAUAAGCAGACAAGUAGUCCAGUUUGUGAAACUUUAGAAAGAGACGUGGAUGCGGUAAAAGGUGCUGCUUCUCUUAAGGAUAUAGAUCAGCCUGUUGCUUCGGAGAGCGAUAUAGCUGGAGACAGAGUUCGUAAUGAACCUGAUUUUACCACAGAGGAAGCUAGAUAUAUUCCGUUUGGUCGUGAACAUAUUGACAGUGUUAUGAGAAGCUUGCUGGAUAUAUUGAGCACGAACAGCCCGUCAGAGAAUAUUGAGCUAGCAUAUAAUGCAGUACUUAGGAAACUGAGGAUAUCCACUGCUACCAUAUCGAGGGAAAUGACUAAGUGUAUGGAAAGACACAGGCCUUUGAUAGAUUCUGUCAAAUUACGAGUAUAUAAAGCUCGUGAUCUUGUUAUAACGAAAAUUCGGCAAGUAUUCCCGGUUGUCUUCAGAUGGCUUAUGCACUUUGGCAGCAUAUUUCUUCUUCUAUCUCUGGUUUGGUUGGACUGUGCAAUCCGAGGUUUUGAUUCCUUCAUUCGGAUGGGAACAGCAUCCUUUUUCUCUAUCCUGUGGUGUGGUCUCUUUUCAGCGUUUUCGAUGAUCGGCAUGACUAAAUUUAUACUGAUUGCGGUUGCAACUGUUCUGGUGGCAUUGUUCAUUGGAUUCGUUGUUGGGUCUGUUAUCCUUGCCAUUUCUGGUUUGGUUUUGCUAUGGCUCUAUGGUAGCUUUUGGACAACACUCCUCUUUCUCUUCUUCGGAGGUCUGGCAUUCUUGAUGAAGCACGAGCGCAUUGCACUGUUUAUCAUUACAGUGUAUUCAGUCUAUAGUGCAUGGAGUUAUGUUGGAUGGCUAGGUCUUCUUUUGGCUUUCAAUCUUGCUUUCAUCUCAACCGAUGCUCUCAUAUAUUUCUUCAAGAAUAAAUUAAAUCAGCAGAACACUGCUGAUGGACCCACCGAGCCUGUAAAUGAUUCAUCUUUUGAAAAAGGCCCUGGCUUUCCUGGAGACCGUGGCCCAGGAGUCGCGUCAACUAGCGGAACAGACUCUGAGUUAACAUCUGAAGAUGAAGUCGCUCGGUUGCUGAAUUGUGCUGACCACUACUCAGCUUUGGGCUUAGCCCGAUAUGGAAAUGUUGACAUGGCUUAUCUCAAACGAGAAUAUAGGAAAAAGGCGAUGCUGGUCCAUCCUGAUAAGAAUAUGGGGAAUGAGAGAGCAGCUGAAGCUUUUAAAAAACUUCAGAAUGCGUAUGAGGUAUUACUUGAUUCUGUAAAACAAAAAUCAUAUGAUGAAGAAUUGAAGAGGGAAGAACUACUGAACUACUUUCGGAGGUUUCAGAAUUCUUCUCAAAAGGACACUCGGGGACACGGUUUCUCUGGCUCGGGUUUUGGAAGCUCAGAAGGUGAAGGAGAGGAAGCAUUUAGAGAGUGUAGACAAAUAGCAUGUAAAAAAUGUGGCAAUCUCCAUGCCUGGUUUCUUACAAAGAAAUCAAAAUCUACAGCAAGAUGGUGCCAGGAUUGCAAGGAAUUCCAUCAAGCAAAAGAUGGAGAUGGUUGGGUUGAACAAUCUUCCCAGCACGUCUUGUUCGGGCUGUUUCAAAAGGUUGAUAUGCCGCGUGCUUACGUUUGUGCAGACAGCAAAAUAUAUGAAGCUUCUCAGUGGUAUAUAUGUCAGGGAAUGAGAUGUCCAGCAAACACCCACAAGCCGAGCUUCCAUGUGAACAUGAACGCAACAGCUGCAAAACGAGGAACAAGUGGUUCUUCAGGGCAAAAAGGAAACCAGAGAAUGCCAAACACAAACCCGGAUGAAACAAUGACAGAGGAAGAGUUCUAUGAGUGGUUGCAGAACGCGGUGCAAUCUGGUAUGUUUGAUAAUGCAAGGGAGAGCCCGUCUUCAGCAACUGCCAGUAGCACUAGUAGUAGUAGCAGCAAGAAAAAGAAAAAGGGAAAGAAGCAAUGGUGAAAAACUCAGAAUCAGUUCGACUAUAUUAACAUGGUGAAAGUUUUGUACCCUUUCUUUAAGAUAUUAAAACUGACUUUGAUAA